CGUGCGACGGAAACACGUCACAGCGCAAAGCAUCUUGGUACAUUGUGUUUUGCCUGCUCUGCUGACGAACCACCGCUGUCAAAGUUGUCUCAGCCUCUCAUUAAAUCCACUGACUUCUUACAGAAUGGGUCGUGGUUAUCUAGUAGAAGAUGCUGUGGAGAGAUAUCUGUCUGACCUGUGUGGACAGCAAGCUGGUCCACUCACAGGGCUGCUGAUUGGACAGAGCUCAGCCCAAAGGGAUUUUGUCGUCAUGGCGACUCGCACACCCUAUAAGCAGGAGUCUGCUGUAGCGUCUGGAGACUUCCUGGUUAAGGAGUGGGUAACUGAGCACGCCCGACAGGUGUCCAGGAUGCUGCCUGGAGGCCUGUCUGUCUUGGGGGUCUUCAUUAUCACUGAGAUUGAUAACAAGGACACACUAACCACACUCCGACAGCUGGUUUUUGCUGUUGAGAACAUGAUCUCCUCAGAGCAUCUGUGGACCCCUGAAGCUGAUGAUGUCACAGAAUGUGUCACACUUCACGUCAACUCCAAAACUAGAAAGACCAUCUGCAGAACCUUUGAUGUCAAAGAUCCCAAGAGCAUGGCCAAGCCUGCCGACUGGAAGUACCAGUCAGGUGUAUGUUCCUCCUGGUCCAUGGUGUCAUGUUGUCUAAAUGUGGACAUGUUGGUACCUCUGCCAAACAACAGAACUAGCAAAGAAAACAUGGAUGAAGGCCUGAAGGCGUGGGCGGACCAGAUUAAGAAUGGAUUCUGUCUGUUUGAUGGAAAAAAGCUACCUGAGGAUACAGAGUUUACAGCAGGACAGAAGAGGAACGUGAGACAGAAGUGCUCAGCUCAGCUGCUCAUCAAACCGGGUGAACGGAGGCAAACAGAUGUGAUCCAACAGUGUGGAGGCAGCUUGUCGGUCAGAGGAACCAUCCACAGCAGAGCGUAUGUACACAGCAACAAGCCAAAGGCCAAGCUGGCUGAAAAGCUGCUGAAGAGAGAUGUGAUUUCUACGGUGAGCACAAGGGUUCAAAUGCUCCUGGAGGAGCUGCUGACAUCAGAGGAGGAAAGCAAGAGCCACAGAGACUCACAACAGAUUGAGCAAUUCUGCUUCCCUCGGCGUAUCUUCUGUCCUGUAAAAGCGACUGGGCUGGUAUGUGUUUGUGACUACCAGUUCAGUGACGAGGGCCUGUGUGAGAUGACUGACCGGCUGAAGGAGAUGCUGGACAUUGAUGCAGUUGAGGAAGACUUAGACACCAGGCAGGAGAUGACUGCUGAACUCAGAGAGAGCAAUAUUAAAGCAGAGGCCAAGGUGGAAAAUGCUGAAGUGCUGGAGCCCAAGAGAAACAACUUCACAGGUGUUGCCAUAGCUGCUGCUGCCGCCGUACUUGCCGCUGCUGCCUCAAUGCUUUAUCUCAAUGAUGUUUGAAAUGUAUAAACAUAUACCAAAAAUAAAGUGAAUUUGUUCUGAACAA